UCCCUGCUUGUUGUACUUGUUUAACUCCUAGUUCUGUUAAGUUCAAUAAUAGGUGGGGGUCAAAGAUAGAGAAAUUAAAUACAAGAUUUAAUGAUCUCGUGGUACAAAAAGAUCAAUUGAAUUUGAAGGAAAAUACUAAUAUGAGACCAAGCAAAAGAAGAGAGAUCAGAUCUCCCUUAACUUCUUUGGUGACCAUAGAUCACAUCUACGGUAGGGAGGAAGUCGCAGAGGUUGUACUUCAAUUAUUGGUCAGUGAAAAACAUAGUGAUGCUUGGAAUAAAGUACCCAAUGUGAUUCCUAUAGUUGGUAUGGGGGGUAUUGGAAAGACAACAUUGGCCCAGCUGGUAUACAAUGAUAAAAAAGUGGAGAGCUUUUUCGAUCUGAAAGUAUGGGCUUGUGUUUCAGAAGAUUUUGAUAUUGCUGCAGUUACAAAAACAAUUUUACAAUCUUUGACCUCAGAAAACUGUGAUGGCAAAGCUCUAAAUUUGUUGCAAGAAAAAUUGAAGGAGAAACUACUUGGGAAAAGGUUUCUAGUAAUUCUUGAUGAUGUUUGGAACGAGAACUACAAUGAUUGGACUCUCCUACGUGCUCCUUUUGAAGUAGGGGCUUCGAGAAGUAGUAUUAUUGUCACAACUCGUAACCAGAAAGUCUCAUCACUAAUGCGAAACAAGGAAGUUGAGCCUGUUCAGUUGGAGUUGUUGUCAAAUGAAGCUUGUUUGUCCAUAUUUACCCAACAUGUAUUGGAAGCAAGAGACUUCAGUGCCCAUCCAAACCUUAAAGAAAUUGGUGAGGAAUUCGUUAGAAGGUGUAAAGGCUUGCCAUUGGCAGUAAAAACUAUUGCAGGAGUCUUACGCAUUGAAGAUGAAGACAUCAAUGAGUGGAAAAAAGUUUUGAAAAAUAAGAUAUGGGAUAUUCCAGUAGAAGCAGGUGGAAUUCCUUCCUCUCGUAUGGUAAGCUAUGACAAUCUACCUUCACAUUUGAAGAGGUGCUUUGCUUACUGUUCAAUAUUACCAAAGGAUUAUGAAUUUGAGGAGAAGGAGGUGGUUUUGUUAUGGAUGGCAGAAUGUUUGAUUCAACCCCUACAAGAUGAAGAGGAAAUGGAAGAUUUGGGUUCUAAGUAUUUUCGCAAUCUGUUGUCAAGGUCAUUUUUCCAAAAGUCACGUAUUAAUGAAUCAAAAUUUGUGAUGCAUGACCUCAUCAAUGAUUUAGCCCAAUCGGUUGCAGGCGAUACAUGCUAUAGAAUGGAAGAUAGAAUUGGGAGUAGUCAGAAUGAGGAUAUUCCUAUAAAGCCACGCCACUCAUCUUACUUGGGAAGCCAAUAUGAUGUAACUAAAAAGUUUGAGGUUUUCUCUAAAUUCACAAGUAGUUUACGUACAUUCUUACCUCUCAUGCUACGAUAUCCAGGUGGUUCCUAUUUGGCUCAUCAUGUUCAUUUUGAAUUGGUUCCAACAUUAGAUCGUUUAAGGGUGUUAUCUUUCAACGGAUACUGCAUAACGGAGCUACCUAAUUCUAUUGGUGAUUUAAAGCAUCUGAGGUACCUUAACCUUUCACACACUCUAAUUAGACUCCUGCCAGAAUCAGUAGCUACUCUCUACAACUUGCAAACAUUGUUGUUGAAGUACUGUAAUCGUCUAAAGAAAUUACCUUCAAUGUUACGCAACUUGGUCAACCUGCGCCACCUCAACAUUGAAGGUGCAGAAAGUUUGGAAGGAAUGCCUAUGCAAAUAGGUAAACUAACUUGUCUUCAAACACUGUCUAAUCUAGUUAUGGGAAAAGACAAUUGCUCUGGAAUAAAGGAGCUUGGACCUUUGAAGCAUCUUCGAGAGACACUCUGCAUUUCAAGAUUAGAGAAUGUGAUUGAAUCGAAGGAUGCAAAAUAUGCAAAAUUAAUUGAAAAGACGAAAAUUGAUGUGUUGUCGCUGGAAUGGAGUAGGGACAUUGAGGAGUCGAAAGACACGACAAGUGAACUAGAGGUACUAAAUGAGCUACGACCUCAUAACGCUUUGACGAAGCUGUGUAUAAUUAACUAUGGUGGUACAAAAUUUCCUAAUUGGUUAACAUCUCCUUCAUUUCAGAUGGUGUCCUUGACAUUAGAAAAUUGUUACAAGUGCACAUCAUUACCUCCAUUGGGGGAAUAUUUACCAUCACUCAAAAAUCUUUGGAUCAAGGGCAUGGCUAACUUGAAGAGUGUUGGUUCUGAAUUUUGUGGCUGUAAUUUAGAGACUCUGCAUUUUCAUGACAUGGAGGAGUGGGAGAAUUGGAGUCCUUCUGAAGAAUUCCCAAAUCUGUGUCAGCUUUCCCUUCGUAAGUGUCCGAAGCUAUUAGGGAAGUUACCAAACAACCUUCAUUUACUAAAAGAAGUUGAGAUAAUUGAUUGUGUGCAGUUGGUGGUCUCACUUUCAUGCUUUCCAAAUAAAUGAAAAUUUAACAUUGAAGAAUCUGAAGUGCUUGAUAUGGAAGGGGUGGUGUGUGGAAGCAAGGUUACAUUCAAAUCAAUAAAAUUCUACAGAUCACUUUCACCAAUUUCAGAUGAAGGGCUUGAUAUGAACGGGCUGGCAGAGUUAACUAUUAAAAACUGUGAGGAGUUGACGACUUUGUGGUCAGACAAGGUGGCAUCACUGCCACAUCAUCUCCCAUUUCUCGAAAUUUAUAAAUGUCCCAAACUAGUCUCUUUGGUGGCAGAAGAAGUUGAUCAAGAGCGUCUCCAACUCGGAAUCACAAAUAUUGUUAUCAAAAAUUGCAUAGCCUUGGAAUCAUUACCCAAGGCAUUGAUGUACAACAACACGUGUCUUCACACUAUUUUUAUCCAUAAAUGUGAUUCGCUAAUGCAUUUUGCAAGAAGCCAUCUGCCUCCAAUUUUAAAGAACCUAAGUAUACUUGAGUGCAAGAGUAUGAGGAAAUUGGUGGAGGAUGAUGAUAAUGAUACAAACAACAGUACUACUGCAAGUAGUAGUGGCAUCACAUCUCUUCUUGAGGUCUUGUACAUUGACAACUGUCCAUCCCUUGAAUCCUUAACAUCAAGCGGGGAAUUACCUGCCACUCUUCAACAACUCACUAUUUUCAGUUGUCCGAAGCUGGAAUCAGUAGCCAAGAGUUUUCAUCACAACUCAUUUCUUACAAAUCUCUCAUUCUACGAUUGUCCAUCCCUUGAAUCCUUAACAUCAAGCAGAGAAUUUCCUGUCAUGCUUCAAAACCUCUUUAUUGACAACUGUCCGAAGCUGGAGUCAGUAGCCAAGAGUUUUCAUCAUAAUUCAUUUCUUACAACUAUCUCCAUCAAAUAUUGUGAAAAUCUUCAAUUGUUGAAUGGUGGAGAGUUGCUACUCCCUUCCAACCUGAGAGAGCUUUAUAUAUCUCUCUCUGAGAAAAUAUUUAAUUGUCCGAACAUUUUAUCAUUUCCUAAAAAUGGUUUUCCCAUAAACCUAACAACACUUGACAACCUCACUUACCUAGACCGACUUGAAAUUGGUGGAUGUCACAAUCUGGUGUCCUUUCCAGAGAUGACGUUGCCUGCCUCUCUAACAAGGCUCUGCAUCUCAAAAUUCUCUAAUCUGGAAUGCCUGUGCUUAAGAAAUCUCACCUCUCUUGAAACACUCCAGAUUUCUUACUGCAAGAAGCUCAAGUGUUUUUCAGAGGAUGCCCUACCUCCCUCACUACAGCGACUUCUAAUCAAUAAAUGUCCUUUGCUUGAAGAACGCUACAAGAAAGAUCAGAGAGGAGAGUGGCGCAGGAUAGCUGACAUCCCUUGUGUUAAAAUUAAUGGCGUAUACAUUUACGACACAAAAACAGAGGAAGAUGAGACAGAAACAGAGGAAUAUGAGACAGAAACAGAGGAAGGUGAGACAGAAAUGGAGGAAUAUAAGACAGAAAUGGAGGAAUAAAUCCAAAGAUUGUUCAAAAGACUGACGCAAGUUGUUGCAACUUCCGACUGCCAUCUGAAAACUGGAUGUGCAAAGACCCAAAAUUGAGACCCACGUUUGCUGAGAUCAUGGCUGCUUUGAAGCCGUUGCAGAAGCCAAUAGCCAGUUCUCAAGUUCCCAGGCCAAGCAAAUCCACAGGCAGUGGCCGUCAGAGGGCUUCACCAUCACAAACUGCAGAAGAAGCAAGCUAGAACAGCAAACUAUACCAUCAUACCAAUUUGAGAUUGUGAUACCAUCAGUGCUGCUAUCCUCAAGACAGAAUGCAAUCUGCAUUUGUUGUUAGUACAAGGAUGAGCAAAGGACAGCAUUCCCUUUAUGUUCAACAAGUAUUUAACAGAACAGUCCAUUUUACAACCAACCAAGAUGUUUCCGUGAAUUACCCAAAUCAGAUUUCUCUUGGCUUCUGGGUCCCAUCUGAGUUGGAUUAAUAUUAUCUUUCUCUUCUUAAUUAUGAUUACA